UCCUCAUUCUCUGCGAAGGAGUUUGCUGAAAUGAGUGGACGAGGGAAAACCGGAAAGGCCAAGAGCAAGCCCAAGUCUCGCUCGUCCCGGGCCGGACUGCAGUUCCCGGUGGGCCGUGUUCACAGGCUCCUGAGAAAGGGUAACUAUGCUGAGCGGGUGGGUGCCGGAGCCCCGGUCUAUAUGGCUGCUGUGCUCGAGUAUCUGACGGCUGAAAUCCUCGAGUUGGCCGGUAACGCGGCCCGGGACAACAAGAAGACCCGCAUCAUCCCCAGACACCUGCAGCUGGCCGUCCGCAACGACGAGGAGCUCAACAAGCUGCUGGGAGGGGUGACCAUCGCUCAGGGCGGGGUGCUGCCCAAUAUCCAGGCUGUGUUGUUGCCCAAGAAAACGGGCGGGUCCACCAACCCCAAGGCCAAGUAAAGAGAUAAAGCGACAAUUAAAAAACCCAAAGGCUCUUUUCAGAGCCACUCAGAUUGUCUGUGGAAGGGCUGAGCACCGACUGGGGUGAGGUCGGGGGAUUUCCGUUCGAAGUGUGUCGUAGACAAGCAGCUUAAACUCUUGGUCUAGAUCGCUUCUCUCCCCCACCCCCCCCAAAAAAAUCUGCAUUUUUUUGUGCAUAGAGCGCUACCCGGAUUCCCUCCCAUUCCCGGAUCGCUUCAUUUUAUAGAAGAUGAUUUUCUCCCCCCGCUGUUGUCUCUACUUCCUGGGUGAACGCAGAGCGGCGCUUGAUUGGCGGUAAGUCGCCCAUACCCAUUGGUGAGUGAAAAAGCCUCAUUCACCCAUGAACAGGCGGCAACAGGCAAUGUGCCAAAACCAACCGCCAUGCAACCAAAAUCGUAAAAUGUCUAAAGUCCGAGAGGAAAAUACUUUUAUACUGUUCUAUGAAAUUAGUUACAGAUGCUUGUGAAUAGGAGCCGUCACAUGACCCUGAUCCAUAUAAUAUAAACGGUGCGAAUUAAGUUUAGUGUUCAAAGUACAUUUAUUAUCAAGAUCUGUAUACCAUAUACAACCUUGAAUUUCGUCUUCUUGCCGGCACCCACAAAGUAAAAAAAAAACGCAAUGGAAUCCAUGGAAAAACUACACAACAAAAACUGACAAACGGCCAAUGUGCAAAAGAGGACAAAUCGUGGAAAUAUUUUGUUGAAAAACAGAAAUAAUUAUGACCCGCGGAGUUCCCGAAAGUUAGUUUACCGAUAUGAGAUACUCCGAUUAAAUUACCAACCCGUAAAAAUGCUUAUUCAUAGAACAUGACAGGUUUUUUUUAUUAUUUAAAACAUUAUAGACAGUUCGGAAACUGCGGUCGGGGUGAUGUGAAAGGAUCGUGAACCUAUUCUGAAUCUCAAUUUGAUUCAGAAUGGGAUUUGAACGGUUACAAUACACUUGACUGCAGGUAAUCGACCGCUUUCCAGUCAAUUAAACGCAUCAGCAACGGCAAAAACCUGUCACACAACUAUAAAACCAAGCUGAUGCAGUAAAGGUUAAAGUCUCUGUGUCUGUACAAAGGGGAGGGAGAGCGAGUCUGGAGCCCACGAUCCACGCCAUUGCUUCUCUCCGAUUGAGUCAUCAAGCAAGGUUGAAGCCGCCGAGGGUAAGAGCAGAGAACAGGCAGGUGUUCGGCGCCGUUUGCCUGUGUUUGACCGGACUUCCUCUCCCUUUCGCUGGCUGCUGCUGGAGAGAAGUCCAGGAGUGCUGGUAUCCAUGUUGCCAGGAUUGAUCAGCCAGGCUGUGGACUUAUUUUGGGGGUUUUGAGGUUCAUGUUACAUAUGUUCCUGGGUUCUGGUUACUCUUUUUUUUUCUGUUUUGAUUGGUACCUUCGGCGGACAGGGGCAAAGAAUGGACAGAUCGUCAGAGUCUGUUUCCCAUGGUAUCAAGUACCGAGAUGGGAGUAUAGAAGCGGACUUUGGGACCUGCUUUUAAAGGGUUGAUGAAGAACCGCCCAAUUCCCUCUGGUUGUAAGAGAGAUGUCUAUAACAGGGUCGUUGCGCUGCGUUUGGCUCCUUUUCCUUCAGUUUGGAGCUGGCUAGCAGUGGGGUGAGGGAGGUGGUUAGGGUUAGAAUAUUUUGAAUAUUCUGUUUAGAAAAUCACGGAAGCCUUUAUUCCUUCUAUCAGAGUGCAUGACUAUACACUUCCCUCCACUAUUUUCCAUCUGCCACUUUUUUGACAUUCUCCCAAUCUGCCUGAGUCCUUCUGCAGCCACCCCGCCUCCUCAACACUUCCUGUAACUCCGCGUAGUUCGGUAUCAUCCACAAACCUGACCACAAAGCCAUCACUUCCAUCAAAUCAUUGACGUACAACUUGGAAAGAAGCAGUCCGAACACUGACACCCUGUGGAACAUCACUCGUCUGGGGCAGCCAACCAGAAAAGGCCCCAUUUAUUCCUUCUCUAACCCAAUUUUGUAAAACGCCAGAGUUACAGAAGCUCCAGGACCUCAUCCCUGGGAGAGGAUGGAUCUACCAAGAAGAUGCAUUACGCCUGAGGAAUAUUGAAAGAUGGCCCAGGAUAGAGGACCCUGGCGAGCUUGUGUCAGUGGCCUAAUCUCUGGUAGAGCUUAACUAACAACCUCCCACCGCCGUCUUGUGCCACCUUCAUCCUGUUCCUCAUCCCUGUUAAAAUAUCCACACACAUCCUAUCUAUGACCCUCAUUAUUUUAUACCUGUCUAUAAUUUUCCCUCUCAUUCUCUGACAUUCCAAGGAAAACAGUCCAAAUCUGCUCAAUCUCUCUUCAUAACUCAGUCAUAAAUGUCCCAGCAACACCCUUGUGAAUCACCUCUGUAUUACUCCCAGGUUAAUGGCAGCUUUCCUGCAACCAAAACUCGAAAUGAUAUUUUGUUGUGGCCUCUACAACAUCUCGUGCAACUGAAUACAACAUGUCAAUCUGUCCACUCAGAUGAAGGCCAGUGUGCCAAAAGAUUUCUUCACCACCAUGUCCCCCUGCAACUUGGUUUGACACCAUGUCAGCUGGUUUGGUGAAAGGCAACUCAUGUUUGACCAACUUGCCAGAGUUCUACUAGAUGUUAGAAGGGAAUCUGCUUGGAUUUUCAGAAGGCAUUUGACAAGGUGCCACAUAAAGGACUGGUGCAAAAGACCAGAACUCUCAAGACUGGGAGAAAUGAGCUAAAAAGGAGUGAAGACUGGUUAUCACAUAGAGGCAGAAUAAACAGCUCUACUUCAGGUUAGAAGGAUGUAAUUUGUGGAGUGUCUCUGGGAUCAGUUCUGGGCCGUCAAUUAUUUACUAUCGAUAUUAGUCACUUGUAGGAGACAGUGUGUGGGGGAUCAGUAACAGGGGAUGUGAUGGGGACUUGUUGUGAUGGGACAUUUGGUCUCUCCAACAGGAUAUCAAGAGAUUGGAUGAGUGGGAGAAUUGAGGAAAAUGGAGUUUAAUGUGAUAAAGUGUGAUAGUGUGUCCAGUGGGAGGAGGAAUCAAAAGUCAGACUGUUAUUUAUGUGAAGAUAAAUUGUACAGGAGUGAAGUACAGAGGUGUCCAGGUUACACACAAACAGCAGACAAGUACAGUGAGUGGUGAAUGGUACAUUGACAUUUAUCGCUGGGUGGCUGGUGCAGAGAAACAGGGAAGUGUUGUUACAGUGUCAGACAAGUGAACAGUGAUGGAUUUUGGGAAGUUACGCAGGCCCAGCCUUUCACAGUGAAUAACAGGAUCCUGGGGAGUGUUAAUGAACAGAGCCAUCUUUGGAUACAGGUACAUAGUUCAUGGAACGUGACAAGACAGCUGGACAAUGUAGUGAUGAAGGUGCAUGGAAUGCUUACUUCAUCAGCAAAGGCACCGAGAGGAGUUGGGACAUCACAUUACAGUUCAUUCUUUAGGCAACACCCAGAGUUCCCUGUGCAGUUCCGACACCACACUCACCCUUCUCCCCCAUCCCCCGUUCAUUUCUGAGCUACAGAGCCAGACUUAAUGCCAGAGACCUGACUGCUGUGGCUUUCCUCUGAUAGGUCAUUCCUCACCUCCCCCCCCCCCAAAAAAAAGGUAUCCAAAUCUGUGUAUACCUAUUGCUGAAAGGAAUGGCCACAGGGGAAGUCUGCACUGGCUGUCUAUCCCCUUUCCCUUCCCUACCUGCCUUCUGCAACUUCGGGGUGACUACCUCACUGUAGCUCCUAUCUAUCACUUCAUUCUCCCAUGUGAGCUGAAUGCCAUCAAGCUUAACACGGUCUCUAAGGAGCUGCAGCUCAGUGCACUUCAUGCAGAUGCGGUAUCAGGGAGACUUAAGGUCUCCCGGAGUUCCCAAAUCUCACACAAAGAACCUACCAUUAAUUCUGGGCCAAUUCUUAGUGCACUAACUAUGUAGUAAUAGACAAAGAAAUAGAAGAAAGAACUUACUGCAAACUUACUUAGAACUCAACCUGUGCUUGCCCAACCUUGUUGAGCAAAGCCUCCACUCCAACUUUGGCCCUUCCACUUACACAUCCCUCCUUUUUAUUGGCUCAGAUAAAACUCACCGAAGAUUAGACUUGCUCAUUGUAAAUAGCUCCCACCCUGCAAUGAUGUCCCUCUUUCACUCGCAACUUCAAGUCCAGGAGAGCUUUUUGUUCCAGUACCUCAAAAGUCCUACUGGGUAAGGGCAGGGAGCUGGAUGAAGUGUUAGUGGACAAGGACUUUGGGGCUCAUCAGCACAGAACUCAGGACGUUUCAUAUCAGUUCUGGGAUAGAGAAAUGAAUAGUAUGGAAAUUAAGGACCGUUUGAUUAUCAUAGACAGGAUCUGGCAAGUGUAGAUGAGAAGAUGUUACCCAUAGGUAGAUCUACAUUUGGGAAGUGGGAGUUGUUUCAAAGCGAAAUAGUGAGAUUUCAGGGUCACUGUAUUCCUGUGAGGGUGAAGAGUGAGGAUGGCAGAUUCAGAGAUUCCUAAUGUGAAGGGGUAUUGAAGUUCCACUGAAAUAAUAAGAAGCAUGUGGUAGGGAAUGUGUGGUGGGAUAGAGAUACGUCUGUACCAAAGGAGGUGUAAGAUGCUCUUUCUCUUGGGUAGUCUGCAGGUCCUCUUUGGGAAAGGUGUAGCACCUGCUUAAGGGUCAUGUGAAGCCAUGGAAGCUGGUGGUGCAUAUCCUAAGUCUUGGUUAUGCGACCACUGAUGCUAAGCAGACAAUCUCUGAGGAGUAUUAAUAAUUGCUGGGAUCACCUUCUUGUAAAGACACCUACCCAGAAGAAGGCAAUAGCAAACCACUUCUGUGGAAAAGUUGGCCAAGAACAAUCAUGGUCAUAGAUAGAGUAAAGAAUAUGAAUAGCUUCAUACUGGGGACAGAUGGAAGAACAUGAUUGCCCAUGUCAUAUGACACACAACAUAAUGUUAAUGAUGAUGUGUCAUAGAAAGAGCACUGAAGACUGGGGAGGCCCUUCAGGUGUAUAGAGAAAGUGCAGAGAGUUUAGAAACAUAGAAAACCUACAGCACAACACAGGCCCUUUGGCCCACAAUGCUGUGCUAAACAUAUACUUACUUUAGAAAUUACUUACGGUUACCCAUAAUAGCCCUCUAUUUUUCUAAGCUUCAUGUACCUAUCCAGGAAUCUCUUUAAAAGACCCUACUGUAUCUGCCUCCACCACCGUUGCCGACAGCCCAUUCCAUGGACUCACCACUCUCUGUGUAAAAAAACUUAACCCUGACAUCUCCUCUGUACCUCCUUCCAAGCACCUUAAAACUAUGCCCUCUUGUGUUUGCCAUUUCAGCCCUGGGAAAAAGCCUCUCAUUAUCUUAUACACCUCUGUCAGGUCACCUCUCAUCCUCCACCGCUCCAAGGAGAAAAAGCCAAAAGAAGAAAUUUAAAUUUAAAGGGCAAAGACAUGUCACAAAGUCAGUGGCAGCUAAGAUUAAGGGAAUGCUUAAUAAAUGUUAAUAAUAUAAACAUAUUAAUGAGAUGGGUUGAGUUGUUCUCCGAUCUUGGCAAUUUACUUUCAAACAUUUCAUCACCACGCGACAAGACAUCGUCAGUGAGCUGUGAAUUGUGUGUCAUCCGAAUGCCUGGUCUUUAUAUUCUUAGCAGUUAGCUGAUUGGUCAUCAUUUCAGAAACUCACUUGGGUUAUGGGGAGGAAAUCUAGUUGCUGAUUGGUUGUGUAACAAAUUCCGUGCAUUGUGGUCUGGAAUUUUGCCUGCAUUGGCUUAUAAAUAGGAUCAAGGUCUACAGGUUUGUUUACGGAAUUGUUCACAGAAAACCAUGCUUCCAGGAAUUCUCUUGCAUGCCAUGUGUUUGCUUGCACCAUGACUUUUACUGAUGCCCAGUCAAAUUUGUGCCCCUCGCCUUCAUGGGUAGAGACUAGGGAGAGUUGGUCAGCCAGCUGAUGUUUGUGGAUCUGUGUGGAUAGUUUUCUCCAGGUUUGGCAGACGUAAUAUUUGCUGCAGUCCCUGCAUUGGAUUUUGUAGACCAUAUAGGACUUGUCUAAUGGCUUAGUUCAUUCUUUUGGUCUGCAGAGUACUCUCCUUAACAUUGCCGUUGGCUUAUGCACGACCGAAAUUCUAUGUUUGUGGAGCAGUUGGGCAUCAUUUCCGAGGUAUUUCGACUGAAUGGAAGGACAACCCUUUAGUUGCUUCUUGGUUGGAGCAUUGUCAACCUAGUAGGCAUAUUUGUAUGAAGUUCUCUUUUGUGUGAAUCCUUUAAAGAGAUGUUUCUCCUCUUGAACCUUCAGUUACGCCAUGCUGCAGGUUGUCUCCACUCCUUGGAACAAAGUUUUGAUACGGCUCAUUUUGUGUGUAUUUGGGUGGUUGCUGUGAUAAUUAACGAGUGCUGUAAGUGUAUGAAGAUGAAGAGAGUAACUAAGGAGUGAGUGGGGUCUGUUGCGGAGCAAAGUGACAACCUGUGUAUGGGGCAAGAGGAGGUGUGCAGGGCGUGAAGUGAAUAGUUCUCAGCUGUAUUGUCCAAGGAGAAAGGCAAUGUGUUUGGUGAUUUCAGCUGGUGCAGUGAAAUUCCACAGCAGAUGAAGAUUACAAGGGUGGAGGUAUUGCAUGUCUUAGCAGGGCUAGCGGUGGAUAAAUCCCCGCUUCUGGUGUCACACUUUGGGAAGGGUGUGAUUCAGCACAAUAUUAUGGGAAUAGAGGAUUUGUGUUAUGAGGAGCAACUGCAUAGGCUGGGCCUUUAUUCUCCUGGAGCAUAGGAGGAUGGAGGUGAACUUAGAGGACAUAAAAUCACAGGGGGUCAUUAUCUGAAUGGACUCAGCCUUUUCCAAGCACAGGAGAGUCUAAUACUAGAGGGCAUAGAUUUAAGGUAAGUGGGGAAAGAUUUAAAGGGAGGAUGAGAGACAACAUGCUCCACACAGAAGGACAUGGAUAAAGAAAGAGGUAGAGGUGGGUUGAAUUACUGGGUUUAAAAAAAAGCAUUAGUCAGGUUCAUGGAUAGGACUGGUUCAAAGGGAUUAGGGCCAAAUGUAGAUAAAUGGAACUAGCUUGGGUAGACAUGGAUCAGGUGAGCUGAAGGGUCUUUUACUGUGCAGAACAACACUGACUCCUGUCAGAUGUGUGUACAACAAAGGAGCAGAGAUUUAAGCAGAGGAGUAGGAGGUUUAGAGGGAUCGGAGAAAGAAUUUCCUCUUUUACCCAGAGGGAGGUUACAAUGUAGUACACACUGCCUGAGGAUGUGGUAUAGACAGGUAGUUAAGGACCACCUGAUUGAUCAUUUGAAUCACAAGACACAGCAGGUGACAAACCAAGUGAUAAGUUGGUGGAGACAGAUCCCCAGUGGUCGGUAUAGACAUGAUGGGCUGAAGUCUCUGUUACUCUGCUGCAGGAGCCUCUGACUGUGAAAGUUCAGUGGAAAUCUGGAACACAGCACUUCAGGCCAGACUCACCUGAAACAUUCAGAACCCAGACAGAUGGAUUUCUAUUGGAUAAGGGUUUCAGUGGUCAAAUACUGACUCCAGCCCUCAAAAGAGCACCAAAAUACCCCAUCUCAAAUCCACCAAAAACAGUCCUUUUACAUGGGAAAUUGGUGAAACAUUGUGGUGUGAGGGGAUCCUGGAGUGCCCCUAUUAACUGUUUGAAGAGAGACAGAGAGAGGCAUUCAUCAUUGAUGGUUUGUUUGGAAAGGAGAGGGAGACAGAGUUAUUUACCAUCGAUAUGUUGCUUUUGGAAAAGAGAGAGAGAGAGACGAAGAUUGACAGUUGGAUUAUCACUUUAAGGCGUUGGAAGUAACUUUGGAUUUCUACUGAGUUUGGAGUUGGAGACAGCACUGAGCAGCUCGUAAGUUGCUAUGGUGACCGAAGGCUGUGUUAUUUAAUGGACACUCGAUGUUAUGAUUUUCAGCUGGUUAUUGAUGUUACUUCCAAGGACAGGUUGCCUGCUUGUGCACUUCUUCACAGACAAAGGAAGGAGGGAUUCUUUGAAUGACAGGUGGUGCUCAGCCUGGUGAAAUAAAUGAGAGGUCAGAUGAUACAGACCUCAGAACACAUGAUCUGGACACUGAAUGAGCAUUGUUGUGCCCACAGAAAAAGUGGGUUUUGGAGGAUCGAUCAGGCGGAUCGAUCCAAAUUGCUAUUCCAUCGGUGAAGAAGGGGUUGACUGGUGGGGAGUUGUCUAUGUGUCUACCCUCGCCUGGGUGAUAGCUCCACCACAGAAGACCGGUCCCCCUGGUUAAAGUCACAGUCGGUGACUUGUGAAGGAUUUCGGAGGAUGACAAGAAGAUCGACGGCACCAGUUCACCUGAAGACUCAACUCUCUCUCUCUCUCCCUCUCUCUCUCUCUCUCCCUCUCUCUCUCCCCCCCCCUCUCUCUCUCUCUCUCCAUCGCUACUCAACUAAAUACCACGAACUGAACUGAACUUUACUCAACAUCGUAAAACUGUAUCUUUUUACCCCUAAACUUAAGAAGCUUGGUUUUUUCAUACAUAUAUAUUCCACACUUACUUUUAUAUAUAAUCAUUGCUAACCUGUUUGAUUUAUCUGC